GCCUAGACAGAUCCAAGACAUUUGAUACGCAUCCUUUAACAAACUGUGUCCCCUCGAAUGCAAAAGUUGACAGCCAAAAAUUUGCCUCACAUUUUUGCUCUCACGACCCUGGAGUCGGCAACAAGAGUCCCAAAUGGCUACGGCUCGGUGCAGCAGCAUUGCAGCUUUAGAUCCUUGGCUGCUGCGAAGGAAAGAACUUACUAGUGACUAGCUAGCUUGCUAGUAGUGGCCGAGAGUCUUACAUUGGCUAGAGUCAAAUUUCGAGAGGGAGUCUGGUUUGGCACUCUGGAAUCCAAAAUAAAUCGCUCGUGUGGGAAGGUACUCUUAUACAGGGAAAGACUCAUUGCUUUCUUCGCACCACUCGAUCCGAUCCUUGACGAUUGGUUUGAUCCACAACACUGUAUACCUCCUUAGGAAGAUCACUUGCUUUGCCUCAUUGGUUUGACAAGUUCCAUCUCUUGUCGAUUGAAGGAUUAUUAUUUCAGAUUCACUCAACCCAACACCCAACACCCACACAAACACAACUCCUCGCGCAGACAACUUGAACUCCAUACAAACACAACAACAUCAUACCUCACCCGUAGUUAGAGAGAGUCUCAGUCACCUGCUGCCCGGUCCAACUGUGUACUAGUCGGUAUAGAAGAGCACAAUGGAGAGCAGUCGCAACGCCACAGGACUGCCCCCUCACUCCUCUCAUACACCGGUAACGGUGACCAACGUAAGCAAGCAGCAACUAUACGACACUGACUUGAAAAAGUCCAAGGACAUCAACAAGAAAGAAGACAUCAGCGGCAGUCCAACGCCGCGGAAGAUGCCAGCUAAGAUCUUCUUCCCCAAGGACGACGCAAUCAAGAAAGAAGCAGCUAAACAAAAGACCAACACUAACACCAGCAACGGACCUAACAUGACGCCUGAUAAUGACGAAGGCUUCCAUGACUUCUUGCAGAAAGUUGCCAUGGUGCAGCAACAAGAAGCAUUCAGGCAGGCCGCUGGUCACGCUGGACACGCUAACUACGCUCCGCCGUCGCCGCAGAGUCGCCGGAACUCAGCCAACUAUGCCAUGCUACCCGAGUACGCAAGGUACCAAGAAGCAAGGUAUCAGAGGGCAAUCAGUCGAGGUAACUCCUACAGCAACCUUAACGCGUCGCCGUCGGUUUCUCCUCGUGCCACCACGUCUCCAAGAGUCGAAUGGGUGCCCAAUCCUGUGGCUGCCCAACAGCGAGCUUGGGAAGAACACGCCAUGAUGGCCUCAAGACAUCAGGGAUACCCCUCGGCUGUCUUUUGUACAAGACACGAAGAAGGCGGUGUGCCACCUCCUGUCCCGCCCAUACCACCAUUGCCAUUCAACGACUACAUGUUCCCGUCGUACCCCAACCCCAACUCGGCCGAGUUGAGUGACGGUGGGUCCUUUCAAGACCACUUUCGCCACCCUCGAGGAUUCCAACAUGGUGGAAGUCCAGGAGGAAGCGGGUCUAUCCCAAGUGCCGCGGCGCUCAGUUCUGGAAGCUCCUCGUCUUGGUCGGACGAAGAGGAACAUCAGCAUUCGCCCGUGGCGAGGCAGUUCCUAGACUAUCUCGGAGGCAGCAGCAGCAGCAGAGCCCAUGCUGCUCGGAUUCCACAGCGUCGCCGAAGCUCGGACGGGUCGUCCUCUAAUGCAGCAAGCGCAGCACCUACCAUGGUGGAAAUCUCGCCAGGUGUACAUGAGCCUCUGCGUGGAACGGAGGAAACCAUGCGCGCCGUGCGACUCGACUUUUAUGUCCCUUUGACGUGCUUUGGAUGCUCGCUUGAUGUCUUCUCCAUUGCCGAUGCCAAGUUUGUAAUAUGUCCCGAAUGCAGAGUCGUCAGCCCUAUCGAAGAGGGUGCCUGGGAUGGACAGAAAUUGGAGCAACGUGGACUCGGAUUGGGCUUUACUUGUGAAAGCUUGUUUCAAAUGCAAUCAGAGAUCCUCUCAGAGCGAUAAACAAGCAAGGAAAGCUACCAUGCCCGUAGGAGAAAGAGAACAAAGGUUCCCUCUUGAUGAUGAUAGACUAGUGAUAUAUUUAUUAAUAAAAAGAAAAAGAUCCUUGAAUGUUGUGGG